CGAGACGUAGCCCGGUAAAAGGAAGGAAUGCUGCGACUGUCGAAUCCGUUCAUUCGAAAUGUCUUUGCAUUAAAAACAUUUUCAAGAAAUGUUUCCAGCCUCCAUAUUUUUUCGCCGGCUAAAAAAGCAGCAAUCCCUAACAGAGUCUUCAUUUUUGUUCCACAACAAUCGGCCUAUGUGGUUGAACGGAUGGGCAGGUUCCAUAGGGUCCUGGAACCGGGUCUCGCUGUCUUGGCUCCUUUGCUUGAUAAAAUUGCGUACGUUCACUCGUUGAAGGAGCGCACGAUUAUUAUUCCCUCCCAGUCGGUGAUUACGCUCGACAAUAUUGCGUUGUCGAUCAACGGUUUUUUGCACACCCAAGUUUUUGACGCAUACAAAGCGAGUUAUGAGGUUGAGAAUGCUGAAUGGGCCAUUGAACAGCAUCUAUGUUCAAGUAUGCGGCACGAAAUCAGUCAGCAUCCCUUGAACCAUGUUCUCAAACACAGACUGUCACUCAACGAGGUGUUGAAUGCAAAGCUAAAUGCUCUCACUAAAAAAUGGGGUAUUACUUGUCUGCGGACGGAGAUUCUCGACAUCAAACUCCCCGAUGUUAUUGAGAAGACGCUGCACGAACGUGAGACCGCCUCUCGAAAGAAGGACACGCAGAUGAUUGCUGCCGAGGGAAGGAUGAUGGCCAUGGCAAAGGAAGCCGAAGGCCGAAAGCACGCCCAGUUACUGUCCCUGGAAGCCCAGAAGACGGAACGGUUAAACAAGGCUGCUGCAGAUGCAGAAGCACUGCGUUACCAGAUGAACGCUUUGGCAGAAGGCAUCGCCUCCAUCGCCAAGACACUCAAUAUUCAUCGCCAUGGCGCAGAUGCCAUUGGCUUGCAAUUGGCAAAGGAGUACAUCAGUGCUUUGAGCGAGAUGGGAAAAAACGCUCAGACAUUUGUGAUCCCUCAAAACAUAAUGGAUGUGAGUUCUGUGGUGAAAGAGGCUCUCAACAUUGGACAGUCUCGGCCGAAAUCAGCUACCGUGAAAACAGAAAAGCCGAACAUGGACAGUGCUAAGCAAACUAAUAUUGAUGGAGUAAAGGUUUGAAAAAAAAACGGGGGAAAAGGCAGGAAGAGGAAAUGGGGUAAGGAGCAAAGAAAGCAAACGCGGAAAGUACAGAUAAACGACAAGUUGGUAGACGUAAUAAAUGGGUAACGAGUAUUGUCCCAGAAGAACCUGGUAUGGAACCAAGGAAAUGGGC